AUGGCUAAGCAUUCGGUUCUGUUCAUUCCGGGGUCCUACGUUGUCCUAUCCGUCCACCAACCGCUCAUCGACGCGGUUUCCGCAGCUGGCUACGAGAUCAAUGGCAUCUAUUUACCCAGCAUCGGUCCAUGCAGCAGUGAGGGUUACCCGAGUCCGGCACCCUCGAUGUACGACGACGUAGCCGCCAUUGCGGACGAGGCAGAGCAGCUCGCGGACCAAGGCACAGAUGUGGUAUUGACCGGCCACUCUUACGCUGGAGUACCCAUGUCCCAGUGCACCAAGGGACUGAGCCGAGUCGAGCGGCAACAGCAGGGCAAACCGGGUGGGACCGUUCCACCUUGGCUACUAUGCCUCGCUCGUCCCAGCACUGGGACAAUAAGCCAGCUCGCUGCUAAGCCGCUUUUCAAAUAG